AUGACGCUGAACCGCAGCGACAAGCUGAGAUACCUGGACAAGCGGCGCAGCAGCAUGCCUUUCGCCGUGCACCAGCAGCACCUGCACCGGCGAAGCAUGCCCGUGGACGAGCGGGAGCUGCACGCCUCCCUGCCCCAAGCCCAGCUCUCGCAGCUGGUGCGCUGCACCUCCUACAACCCCUCCGAGGAAGCGCCUCACCAGCAAGGCUGGACCUCGGACUCCUCGGACUCCGUCAUCUCCUCCGGCAGCGACUCCGACAGCAACCUCUACAAAGUCAUCCUGCUCGGGGAGCAUGGGGUGGGCAAGACCAGCCUGGCCAGGAUCUUCGGGGGAGUGGAAGACUGCCCAGAUGCCGAAGAAGCCGGCAACACAUAUGACAGAGCUAUUGUAGUUGACGACGAAGAAGCUUCCCUUGUGGUGUUUGACAUAUGGGAACAGGAUGAUAGCCAGUGGCUCCAGAAUCACUGCAUGAAAAUGGGGGAUGCUUACAUCAUUGUGUACUCCGUGACGGAUAAAGUCAGCUUUGAGAAGGCCUCCGAGCUGAGAAUUCAGCUACGAAGAGCAAGGCAAACGGAAGACAUUCCUAUAAUUCUUGUAGGAAACAAGAGCGACCUGGUCCGAUCGCGGGAAGUCUCCGUAGAUGAAGGACGAGCUUGCGCCGUGGUGUUUGACUGCAAGUUUAUCGAGACCUCUGCUGCUCUGCAUCAUAACGUGAAGGACCUGUUCGAGGGGAUCGUCCGGCAAAUCCGGCUGCGCAAAGACAGCAAAGAGGACAACGCUCGGCGAAUGGCCAACACCAAAAGGAGGGAGAGCAUCAGCAAGAAAGCCAAGAGGUUCCUUGGCCGGAUCGUGGCCAAGAACAACAAGAAGAUGGCGUUUAAAGCCAAGUCCAAAUCUUGCCAUGACUUGUCAGUGCUUUGAUACGGCACCUUUGGAAGACCAGAUGCUGUGUGUAUG